UGCUCGAAUAGAAGCAUAGUGUAAGGUUUAUCGGCAAAAUAUUCUCAAACGAUGAAUAAUGUACUUUUUUCUACUAUGAAACGCUAAGCUGUGAAUGCCUGUAGUAAUUUUUCAGGACAGAAUUAGUUAUCUAUGAUAUCGUAUCUCGAACGUUUUAUUGACGCAUAGCUAUCAACCGUUAACACCGAUCGUUACUCACUCCUCCAUUUAGAACAGUAGAAGGCAGAAACCCUUGGACACAUCAUCGUUCGACCACUUGUUUCAAUGUGCAACCAGUUUAUUCCGGACUAAUGGUGAAAGGGAUGUAAUCGUUAACAAAAGUGUCGUUAUAGGAACUUGUGGACAAUGAGUAUUGAAGAGAGGUGUACCACAAAAAAUGCGACCAGUUCGGGCCGGUUGUGUUUGUGAAGAAAAGAAACAUUGUUUUUCGCGUGUACCUACGAUGCUAUGUUGCGUGCGGUCUUACUCACCCAAAACAGAAUCGCCCUUCAGUUUAUAGACUCUGUAAGACAGAUAGUGGCCAAAAGGAAGCACCAUAUUGCUAACCACCCUUUGAACAUUGUUAACAUUGUACUUUGUGCGAUGCAAAGUGCAGGACUCUCAGAAAAUGCUGGCAAGGGGAUAUCCGCGUCUGGAAUAACCGUAGAAUCGAUGAAACUGUAAUAACUGUCAUUUGCUCGAUCGUAUCGUGGGUACACAGAGAAAAUGAAAAAAAGAUUGCUUUUGUGCUUCGUCUGCGCCGUCAUACUUUUUAUUCUUAUGAUCUCCACCGAUAAUGAUUUUAUUCAACACGUAUCGCCGUUUUAUCUCAGUGGUUCCAAUGAUAUCACGUGUUACGAAGGGGCUAAUUCAGCGGAUAACAUUCCAGAUUUUAAUCCAAAAUCAGUAUCGAAGGGGUCGACGAAGGAUCGAAACAUCUUCUUCCACGAGACAUCCUGCUUCGACGAUGGUGGUCUGCUUUUGAACGCUCGCCAAGCGUGUGCCGUAGAAUCUGCGGCUAAAAUGAAUCCAAAGACGAACGUGUAUCUUCUGUUCGUGUCCCCCGCGAAAAUCAACAACCAGUCGAAGGAAUUCUUCAAUCAGUUACGAACUUAUCCGAACAUUCAUUUGGGACACAUUUAUCCGGAGGAAUACGUGAAGGGUACACCUUUGGAUGUAUGGUACAAAAGCGGCGUACUGAAAAAGAGCCGAUGGCCAAGGAGUCACAUGUCGGACAUUCUUCGAUACUUGACCCUAUGGAAAUACGGAGGAAUAUAUUUAGAUUUGGACGUGGUUGUCACUACAUCCCUCGAAAAUUUAACAAAUUUUGCUGGCGCCGAAGACUGGGACGAUGUUGCUGCUGGAGCGAUAGGCAUCGACGCUACAACUUUGGGUCGUCGAGUGGCCGAUGCUUGCAUUCGUGACUUAAUGAAGAACUUCCGUGGCAAUAUUUGGGGUAACAACGGCCCUGGUGUUAUCACCAGGACUCUGCAAAGAAUCUGUUCUGCGAAAUACGUUCGGGAUAUGACUCCUGCUCGAUGCGGUGGUUUCAAAGUUUUCCCGCCGUCAACUUUUUACCCGAUUCACUACAAGAAAUGGAAAAUGUAUUUCGAGACGAAGAAUAAGAAUGCUACAAUGAAAAUGAUCGAAAAAGCCAUGGCUAUACACGUUUGGAACAAACUGAGUAACGCGCAAGAGGUACGCGUGGACAGUGACGUUCCUUAUGCGAUCAUUGCGCGAAAGCAUUGCCCAAAGAUCUUCAACAACUGUGGAAAAAUGUUUUAACAUCUUUCUUGCCAUAGAAAUUAUCGUGCGAAUUAAGAAAACAGUGAAGGAGAAAAGAAAAUUCUAAAUACCAAUGAAAUUACACUAGUGUUUCAUGAGAGCGAAGAUUAAAAAAUAAAUUAAUUUUUGUCAUCUUUAGCACUCUAUGUAGCCAUGUGCCUAAAUAUUAUAGAAACUAAACAGUAGAAUAGGCACGCCUAUUUCUACUGUGGAAAUUAAAUUAUUAAUUGAUCAUUUGAAGGCAGCAUGAUACUUAUGUGAAACUAUAGCUCGUACAAUUUUCUAUGACGCACUGGAUGAUAACAUUUUUAUUUACAACAAACUCUGUUCUAUGUACAUACUCUAAAAAUAUCAUAAGUGAAUUUAUGUUAACAUUCGUACGUCAAAUGUUUAUAAUAUAUCCUCGUUUAUGCGGCAACGUAUACUUAAUGUUUUUUGAACGUAUCUUUAAAAAUAAGUGAGCAAAAAUAACAUGAAUAUACAGGGGUUGUACGAACCUUAAAAUAGACUUGUAUGCAUACACAGUUUAACAUAUGUGUAGUCUCAAACAGAAUUUUACGUGAUUCUUCUUUAAGUUGUUUAGUAGUCUGAUCCCCAAAACUGACUUAUCCACCCCUUGUAUAUCGUUAGAACUGAAUUGACAUUUCGAAUGAUACAAAAUUUCUUAAAGGACGUACGAUUAUGACAAUAUCAAAGACCAAGUUUGUUAACCAAAGGAAAAUAUACAAACUAUUAGCAACAUAUGCGUUAUAUAAUAUAACAAAAAUAUAAAUAGAAGGAAUUACGUGUUGUAAAUUACCCCGAAGUUAUUGCUAAAGUAUUUGUAAUUAGUUCAAGAAAGUUCAUUAGAACAUGAACUUUAAAAUUAAUUGCAAAAAGCACAAACAAUCAUCGUGAAAGAGAAUUUAUAUACAAAUUAAUUAAAGAGAUUUCUGUUCGAUUAUUGUAAGUGUUUCUUAUGAAAGAAACUUGAAAUAUUUAUAACAAGUUAUAGUACUGGCGAAAAUGUACCUGACCCAACAUUUUUCUGACAUUAAGUUUAAGAAAAAAAGGAAUCUAUCGACACAUAGCUCAAUUGAUUAUAGUAGCUAUUUAAUGCAAAUUGUGAUUCAAAUCGUGAAUGCACAAUUAAAUAGAUUUUUAUUCUGUUUAUAUUAAAAAUCUUAGUUAAAUUAUAAAAUUUAUGCGAAUCUACUCGAUUAAAAUUCACAUUCCAACGCGAUAAUCAAAACUGAAAGUAAUAAAACUAAAAUUUAUUUUAACGCUAAUAUAAUACAUAUGUAUUGUAUUAUACCAUAAUUUGGAUAAAAUAACCGAAGAAAAAAGACUGUUCAUGUUGUACUUAAUAUUUGAUGUCGAUUGUUUAGUAAAUUUGAAGGCAGUUUUCAAUGAUAGUGCCUAUUAAGAUGAAAUGAAAAGUGUUAGGAGAAGGCUAAACUUAAUUUCUAAAUAAAAAAAAUAAAAAAACAAAUAUGUAUAACAUAGAAAAGUUUAAAAGAAACAAGCUAUUUUUUCAAAGAAGCACACAAUGGAAAUAUGUAAGAUUUAGUUAUUAUAUUUUAAACGAUAAGGUGUUCAUGUUCCUAGUUUAUCAAACACUAUUGUACAACUGCAAGUCUUAUAUACUGUUUUUGGAUGCUUUAUGUUUUUUCUAUAUAAACGGAAGAUUU